UGCAUGUCCAACGCGUUGCUUCUUCCCCGCUCGUCUUGUCCACAUUUCGGACAUCCCAUAUGCGUGAUAUUUAAGCAGACAGGGUCAAGGUCGCCCUCCUCCCACAGAAAUAUACGUACCGACAGCACUCUCACCCACCAACGCAACAAAAAUGCACACCGACACGAAAACCGAUCGAAUCCUCGUCACCGGGUCCGCCGGGGACCUCGGCAAAGUCCUCUACACAACCCUCAAGACCAAAUACCCGACCACCGAAAUCAUAGGCCUGGACGUCCGUCCUUCGCCCACCACAACCCUCCUCGCCUCCAUAACCGACAAGGUCGCCGUCGCGGAGGCCAUGGAAGGCGUCACGAUCGUCUUCAACGCCGCCGCUCUGCAUCGGCCGCAUAUGGAGACGCAUACCGAUUCGGAUUUUGUGGAUACGAAUGUUACGGGCACCUUGAACUUGUUGGAGGCGGCUACGGCGGACGGGUCGAUGGUGCGCCGGUUCGUGCAUACGUCCACGACGUCGGUUAUGGUGCCCGCGGCGUUCUACGCCAAGACAGGUGGAGGGUCGCUUCCGAUGAACGGAAGCAACACGGAGGUCCCACCAUUGCCAGUGCUAGAUGAGACCUCACCGACAUUGCCACGCAACAUCUACGGCGUGACGAAACUCACAGCUGAACACUUGUGUCGGAUCUACGCGACCAAGCACUCGCUACCCAUCACAGUGCUACGAACAUCAAGGUUCUUCCCGGAAGAGCAUGACUUGAACGUUAAGGCAAGCGAUUACGGACCGCGAGAGAAGGCAAUCGAGAUCUUGUCCGGCCGGCGAGGCGCCGUGGCGGAUAUGGUCGAUGCGCAUAUCGCCAUGGCGUUUGGGGCGUCGCCGACACCGUCUGCACCGCUUUUCCGGACGUUUGUGGUGUCGGCGCGCUCGCCUCUGACGAACAGGCCAGAGCUGCGGGAGAGGGUCAAGGCGGAUCCACAUGCUGUGGUAUUGGAGCUGUUCCCCGAGUAUCCGGAAGCUUUUGUAAGUCGGGGAUGGGAACCGGUACGGCCCGGAGAGAUCGACCGAGUGUAUUCAGUAGAGAAAAUUGUACAGGAGGGUGGGUGGGCUCCGUCGGUUGGAUUUAGGGAAAUAUUGGAAGGUGCAGACUUUUGAUCAAGUGGCGUAGGAAUAGAUAUGUAGACUUCUCUAAGCAACAUCGAUGCAACCGGAACGUUUCUCAAUUGUAAAUCAUUUCUCAAAUGGUCGUGUACACCGCAGUCUACAUACGAGUGCAUAUGCUCCUGCCCUAUCGUAUAUCGCUUAGCUGCCGUCACUGUUCUACCAGAUAUUUACAAGUCAAUCUCGUUGAAGAAAGUGGCGACAAUCUUAAAGGCUUCGCUAGCCGCCUCAGCGACCUUGGGGUCCGACCAAUCUCCACGGGCUGCGCAGAAUCCGUGGCUUUGGUCGUUGAAGCGACGGUGGAGGGAUUUUGGUUGCGAGGCCUUGAGGUGGGUGUUGUACCAUGAUUCCUGAGAAAAGAAAAGACGGUUCCCAGUCAGCUCGAGAUGACGUGCAUAACAGGGACGGCACGAACAAUAUACUCACCAGCUGGUCGGUCUCAUCCUUG